AUGACGCCCACAGCUUUUCGAGUCGCGCGAGGCGCCGCAAAUACUCUCCAAAAGCGCAGCUACUCGUCACAGACACUGGCGCCCAGGCAUCUCAUGUCCAUCAGCGACCUGCAGCCGAGCGAGUUCUCCAACCUGGUGCGCAAUGCAGCGGCGAGGAAACAGGCCGUCAAGGCCGGCCAGGCGCCCGCGUCGCUCACCACAUCACUCACCGGCCAGACGGUCGCCAUGAUGUUCAGCAAGCGCAGCACGCGGACCCGAGUCUCGACUGAGGCCGCUGUAACUAUGCUCGGCGGGCAUCCCAUGUUCUUGGGCAAGGACGAUAUUCAGCUUGGUGUCAAUGAGUCUCUAUAUGACACGUCUGUUGUCAUUUCCUCAAUGACUUCCUGCAUGGUCGCUCGAGUCGGCCCUCACUCAGACGUCGCUACGCUGGCCAAGCACUCCAGCGUGCCCGUCAUCAACGCGCUCUCUGACGAUUUUCACCCCCUCCAGACCAUUGCCGACUUUCUCACCAUCCACGAGGCGUUCCCGUCGUCCAAGGGAUCUGAUUCCGGUCUCGGCCUGAACGGCCUGAAGGUCGCCUGGGUUGGAGACUCGAACAAUGUGCUCUUCGAUCUUGCCAUUGGAUGCGUCAAGAUGGGUGUGGACAUCUUCGUCGCUUCUCCGACAGGCUACGGCAUUCCGGAUGCCAUGAAGCAGCUCAUCCUGUCCGCCGCUAAAGGCGUUUCAUCGCCUGGAAAGCUGCUGGAAACUACGGUGCCCGAGGAAGCCAUCAAGGAUGCCGAUGUACUGGUGACCGAUACGUGGAUCUCGAUGGGCCAGGAGAGCGAGAAGAAGAAGCGACUCGACGCGUUUGCCGGGUACCAGAUCACCAACGACUUGGCUAAGCGAGGCGGUGCCAAGGAAGGGUGGAAGUUCAUGCACUGCCUGCCGCGACAUCCUGAAGAAGUUGCGGAUGAGGUCUUUUACAGCCCGAGGUCGCUGGUUUUCCCUGAAGCAGAGAACCGGCUUUGGGCUGCAGUUUCUGCCCUCGAGGGUUUCGUUGUAAACAAAGGGCAACUUUAG